UUUCUAGCUCUGGCGACAAAGGAUUGCAGCAAAUAUAUCUGUUGAAAUCUCACAUCCCAAAAUUUUCUCAAGAAAUCAUCAGCAAAGAUGCAAAUGAAAUUUUCGGGUGGGAAGUCUGGGUUAUCUUCUCUAAGCACGAUAAAUGGAAAUGCUGGUAAAAUUUUCAUUGGAGAUAAUUCAAUGUUACAGCAACCAGAUAUAUGGUAUGAUGCGAAAAUAUGUGGUCCAGUUCCAUGAAUUAUGCUAGCAACUCCAGCUUUCUCUGUGAUCUAGUAUGACAUCCAUCCUUUCUACCUAGUGGGGGUCAUGACGGUGGGAUGUUGUAUUAGCAUCCUCUGUAGUGGUCACAGAAAAAAAAAUUCCAAUGGAGAUGGCAAGUUCUAUCAAUCUUUUGUUAUUUAAUCAUCGGAUGGACUUCCAAAAAUAUGGCAUUUUCACUUGGAAUUUUGAUUGUUUAUAAUUUAUAAUUAAAAUGUGGUCAAGGUAGACUACCAAGGCUAGAAAAUACGAAUAAUUGUUUUUGUUGUAUAAAUAGGGUUGAUCUCAAUACUAGAAAAUACUAAUCAUUGAUUUUGUUGUAGAAAUGGCGCUUAACAUCACACCAAAGGUAGAUAGUCGACAAAUUAUAACCGUUUUCAUUGAAGCAACUUUUAAGAGCUUUUCGUCAGGUUCUAUCAAUUAAGAUUGCAUAUAAUUGUGGCAUAAAAUGGAAAAGGUGGUUAUUUGGCGGCAUGUUGAUAAAAGCUCCACUAACUUGGUGAAAUUCUCUUAUGUUGGAAAUUACAUAUUUGAUAGAAGAGUACAUCAUUUCAUGUUUAUUGGUUUGUGAAUAUAGAAUUUUCUUUUUGAGAAAAUGUGUAUAGAUUUUAACUUUGUGGAAAUCUCUUAUGUUGGAAAUUACAUAAUUGAUAGAAGAGUACAGCAUUUCAUGGUUUAUUGGUUUGUGAAUAUAGAAUUUUCUUUUUGAGAAAAUGUGCAUAGAUUUUAACUUGGUGAAAUUCUCUUAUGUUGGAAAUUACAUAAUUUAUAGAAGAGUACAGCAUUUCAUGUUUUAUUGGUUUGUGAAUAUAGAACAUUCUUUUUGAGAAAAUGUGUAUUGAUUUUAUCUUUUCCAAAAUGGUACACCUAGCAAUUUCAUUAACAAAGCCACACCCACAAUAAUAAAAUGAGAAAGAAUGAAUGAAGUUGAGUGCAAAUUAUGGAUUAUUAUUUGAACUUUGGAUAAACUAAUGAAAAGUAGAUAAAUGAUGCGAUGAUGAUCCACAUUGCAUUUACAAACUUUAUACUACUAGUUUUGGUUACCCAAUUCCUUGUUGAAUUACUCACUUUUUGUAGCUCGUCACAUUUCUUUAGUUUUUCCCAUACUUAAUCCUAGUUAAAUCAGGCAGGCUCCAUUUUCAGAUGGAGAAGAAAGAGUUUGGAAGUCUUUGAUGAACAUAUAUUUGAUUCAACGUUAUGCUGUCUUAAUCCAAGCAACGGAACAAUUUGGUAGCAUUUGCCAACACAUACUGACGUGUCUUUCUGUUCAGACGCCUUUGCCCUCGCUUCAAGUUUGACACGCGUAAAUUUUUUAAAAUGCCAGUUAGCUAUAAAUCGGAGUCUUGCUCUUUAGGAUUAUCACAGUGGUUGGGUACGCAAUUAAAAGCAGCAUCGUCUCUCAAAUGGGCUCUUCAAGAACAUUUUGUUGAGACCCAUGGUUUCCUCAGUCCUCAAAGAUACAGAAAGGGAAGAAGAAAGCUGUGCUUGUUUCUGAAUUACCUUCAGGUUUGCCCAAUUCCUAGGAACCUACCCCCUGAUUUUGUUGUAUCUGUAUAAUUUUCCAGUAAGAUGAAUUUUUUCAUGACUGCUGUUCCAUCUCCACCUGUAUCCCUAGAAGAGUUCAAGAGUUUCCAUUCAAAUGAUAGGGACCUCUACGCCGUGCUUAUAAAUGAGCUGGGGCGUGAUUCGCUUGAGUCUAUGAGGAUCAUGGCCCUUUGGCUAUGGCUGGAGCGGUCUGGCUUCAGGAGUGUUGUGAAGAAAGCCCUGUCCUUGCCCAAAUUUCUAAUCAAUGAACUUGCAAAUGAAGCUGUCAUAUGCCUUAAACUCAUUGAAAACAAUGAAGCUGUCAUAUGGCUUUGCUCACCUGAAUCCAUAGACCUAUCACUGACCAAAAGCUUAGUGUACAAGGAAAUCUCAGCCAUGUAUUUUCACGAAAACCGGGUAUUGAUUGUCAAAGGAAUGACCAAGAUUAUUAAGGAUGUUUGUGUCAGGGUAAUGAAGGACAUCAUGGAGGAAGCCAUGGAGAGAAACCUAAUCCACUAUAUGAGCUUGAUGGAUAUGAGCAGCCCCAGGCCCUCCACCACUAAUAUUAGUAGUAAUACAACAAGGUUCUUGUUCAAUCUUAAUGCAGGUGGGUCCCAGGGUCGAGAGGAAGUGCUGCACCCGGAUGAAAGGACAAUGUUUGUGACGUUCUCAAAGGGCUACCCGGUUACUGAAAUGGAGAUCAAAGAAUUCUUUACAUGGAUCUAUGGGGAUUGCAUUGAGUCUCUAUACAUGCAAGAAGUGCUUCCUGGAGAACAAUCUUUGUUUGCAAGAAUUGUGUUUUAUUUGCCUGUUGCUAUUGAUAUGAUCCUAAAUGGUGCAGACAAGGCUAAGUUCACCAUCAAUGGCAAGCAUAUGUGGAUGCGCAAGUUUGUGUCCAAACGUCAUAUGUACUAUUCUUCUUCUUCAUCAUACAUCAUGGAUUCAACUUCAGUGCCAUCGGGUAUCAACAUAUCUCCUUACAACAGACGCCUAUUCUCUCGGUUCAUGUAGGCUUGCGUUAUCAUUUUCACUUUUUUAUUUUCAAUUACUAGUCCCCAACCACACACAUUUAAUGGUUUCAGCAUGAUGAGGAUUGUAUUAAUCUAGACAAAGACACCCUUUAUUUGUUAAUCCUUUAAUAUUGAUUGUAUCAAUAAGUUUAUUUAAACUUA